AUGUCAUUUCAAUAAUUUCGAAAUAUUAAAAUACAACUAUUUGGUGGUAUGAUUAUUAAUACUUUUGGAAUUAUAGGUUCAGAAACAUUUUUUGGAUUAAUUUUGAGGUAGUUGAAUAAAGUAGAAAAUAUUCAUGAGUGUUAUGUUGUGUACCUGUUAUUUAUAAGAAUUUUCUUUUUAUGGGGAUUUAUAUUUUUAGGAUAUUUGAAUCAAGCAGUUUUCUAGCUGAAAGUUAAUAAGUCAAAAAAUUAUUUAAAUGGAAUGAUAAUUCACUUGCUUUUGGUAACAUUAAUAAAAGAAUUAAAGGAUUUGUUAUCUAUUAGCAGGUUAGGAUCAAUUGUAGGUUCGAUUAUAGAUCCUUAUGCUUCCUUAAACAAUGAUUUGUCUCAAAGCUUGCUAAUAUGUUUUUAAAUAGCAUGA